AUGGCUAAGUCAGGUAUGUGAUUAUAUACCAUUAAUCAAUCAGAGACUAGUGAAUUAAUGAGAUCAUGUUGAAUGAAUGAGAAACAAGGAGUGAAAUAGUCAAGUUUUUUGGAAAAUAAAGAGAUGUAAAAUUAGAUGUCAAGAGAUGGAUCUAUACUGAAUCAAGAGUAACAACAAGAUUAUACUACUUAAUAAGAAACAAGAAUCAACUAUAAUAGGAUGAACACAUAUUUCAUCUACAGUCAUUCAUCAUCAUCAGAUUAGAAAAUUUUAAAAUUCACAAAUUUCAAUCAUCACCGAAUAUUCAUACUAACAUAUUCUUAGGUAUUGCUGUUGGUUUAAACAAAGGUUAUAACGUUACCGCUAAAGAAACCGCACCAAAAAUUUCAUACAGAAAAGGUGCUUUAUCAAAAAGAACUGUUUUUGUUAGAUCAAUUGUUAAAGAAGUUUCAGGUUUAGCACCAUAUGAAAGAAGAUUAAUUGAAUUAAUUAGAAAUGCUGGUGAAAAAAGAGCUAAAAAAUUAGCUAAAAAAAGAUUAGGUACUCAUAAAAGAGCUUUAAGAAAAGUUGAAGAAAUGAAUAAAAUCAUUGCUGAAUCAAGAAGACAUUAG